AUGGUUGCAGCAUCUGAAACUACACAAAGUGUUGAAGUCAGCACGCCUCUGCAAAAUCAUCGUGAAAACGUUUUCCUACUUACCGUGAUUGUGAAAGUCAUCGACGACUACGGUGCAGAACAUCUGGCUCGCGCGCUUCUGGACAGCGCGUCCCAACCAAACCUCAUCACAGAUCGUAUGGCGAAGAUUCUGAGGCUGCGACGACAGAAGGUGGAUGUGACCGUCCAAGGGGCCGGCAAACUCUCAAAUUCGGUACGAGACUCCGUCUUUGCCCAGAUUCAGUCGAGGAAGGGGGACUUCUCGUGCGGCGUCAGCUUCCUGGUGAUGGACAAAUUGACGGCCAACCUCCCUUCGCAAAAUGUUUCAACUGUAGGUUGGAAGAUCCCGACAGACCUGUUUCUCGCCGAUCCAACCUUUAAUGAAAGUCAACCCAUCGACAUGCUACUUGGAGCAAAACAUUUCUACGCGUUCUUCCCCAGCGCUGCACGUAUUCAGCUAGACCAAAACCUCCUCCUCCUGGUCGACAGCGUCUUCGGCUGGAUCGUCGUUGGAUCUUCAAGCACGGCUUCCCCCGCUUUUUGUGCGCCUACGACUUGUGAAGCCGUCACCGUUUCGAUGAUUUCCCUGGAGGAGAGCAUGGAGCGAUUUUGGCAGACAGAAGAACUGACAUCUUCGGACAACUACUCAGUAGAAGAACGACAAUGUGAAGCCCUGUACCAGUCUACAGUUUCCCGGAACUCUGAAGGCCGCUACGUUGUCCGAUACCCCCGGAAACCCGAAUUCAACCAGCUGCUAGGCAAGUCCAAGGAAAACGCUCGACGACGAUUCGAAUGCUUGGAGAGGAAACUGGAACGAAACCCGCAAUUGAAGGAAGAUUAUCACCAUUUCAUGAGAGAGUAUCUCUCCCUCGGCCACAUGCGCCUGGUCGAAGCGGACGACGAAGAAAACUCUCCGACCUAUUACCUGCCCCACCACCCCGUAAUUAAGGAGGCAAGCACGACGACGAAGGUCCGUGUCGUGUUUGAUGGCUCGGCAAAGACCUCCACCGGCUUCUCCCUCAACGAAGCUCUUUGCGUUGGUCCCGUGGUGCAGGACGAUCUUCUCAACAUUAUUCUGCGUUUUCGAACCUUUCCUAUCGCUCUGGUGGGCGAUAUUGCCAAGAUGUACCGGCAGGUACUCAUUCAUCCCGAUGAUACACCACUCCAACGUAUUCUGUGGCGUUUUUCCAAAGAAUCCCCGGUGCAAUCGUACGAACUCCUCACCGUUACGUACGGUCUGGCGCCAUCGUCAUUCCUAGCGACUCGGACUCUCCAGCAACUGGCGGAUGAUGAAGGUCAAGCAUUCCCCGAGGCAGCCCCGGCAUUGAAAAAAAGCUUCUACGUCGAUGACUUUAUUGGCGGAGCUCAAACUGUUGAAGAAGCGGUCCAGCUACGAAACGAACUCAGCGAACUACUGGAGAAGGGUGGACUCGAGCUUCGGAAGUGGACGUCCAAUCGGCUUGAAGUCCUGCAAGGCCUCAGCGAUGAGCAAGUCGGUACGCAAUCUUCUCUUCAGUUUGCUCCACACGAAACUAUAAAAGCGCUUGGAAUUAGCUGGGAACCAGGAACCGACUGUCUGCGAUUCGAUUCCCAAGUUCGAAAUACCGAUGAGUCUCCAACUAAGCGGUCGAUCCUCUCCGAUAUUGCCAAGCUUUUCGACCCUCUCGGGCUCAUUGCACCUGUCGUGGUUCGCGCUAAGAUCCUGAUGCAAGAACUAUGGCUAUUAUCCUGCGACUGGGACGAACCCGUGCCAGAUCCUGUGAAGUCCAAAUGGGAAUCAUACUACCAAGACCUGUCGAAGAUCUCCGAGCAUCGAGUAGACCGCUACGCAUUCCUUCCCAAUUCGACCGUUCAACUUCAUACCUUUGCAGAUGCCUCCCAAGCUGCAUACGGAGCCUGCACAUACGCGCGAUGUGAAGACGACCAAGGACGAGUGCGUAUACAUCUCCUAGCAUCAAAAUCCCGAGUAGCUCCCCUCAAGCGGCUAACAAUUGCGCGAUUAGAACUGUGUGCAGCCGUUGUAGCAGCUCAUUUACACGACCGCAUCAAAAAGGCCAUCGGUAUAAACGUGUCGUCAUCAUAUUUCUGGUCGGAUUCAGCGGUUACACUACAGUGGCUUCGAGCACCCCCAAACACCUGGCCAACCUUCGUGGCCAAUCGUGUUUCAGAAGUUCAGCAAUAUACCCACGGCUGUCAAUGGAAACACGUUCGCGGAGUCGAGAACCCAGCCGAUUUGGUCUCGCGCGGCAUGUCUGUCGACGAAUUCCUUCGGAGCGAAUUGUGGAGUCAAGGUCCCGGCUGGCUGGCCAACUUGCCGCAAGACUGGCCCGUGUUGAUUCCCCCAGGAGUAUCAGGAGAAGAGUUGGAAAUCAAAACCACCGUUGCGGUCAUCCAAACAACAACAUCCGUUCACCCUCUAUUCCUCCGCUGGUCCUCCUACAACCGCCUGCUACACGUCGUCGGAUACAUGCUUCGUUUCGUCACCAACAUCCGUACCAAAGUCCGUACAAUGCCAUCGUCACCAAGUUCUCCCAUCGGCGCAGCACUUACUGUUGCCGAAAUUGCCAAAGCCAAAACGCUUCUCGUUCGAUUAGCCCAACAAGACGGAUUCGCAGAGGAAAUCAAGCAGCUGAACAAAGAGAAAACUGUCGGCAAACAGUCACACAUACGCCGGAUGAGUCCAUUUUUUGAUCCAGAGGGAGUGUUGAGAGUCGGAGGUAGACUGAACUUCGCCCUACUGCUCUACCAAGCCAAACACCCUGCACUGCUGCCUACCAAACACCCGUUCACGCGCCUGGUUUUCGAACAUUUUCACCGCAAGUUGCUUCACGGCGGCGGGCGCCAACUCCUAACCGCAAUCCGUGAAGAGUUCUGGCCACCCCGUGGCCGCAGACUGGCUCAAACCGUUGUCAGAAACUGUUUCCACUGCACUCGUCUGAAUCCAACGCCUACGGUACAACAAAUCGGCCAACUACCAUCCCAGCGGGUCAUUCCAAGCCGGCCUUUCAGUGUGACCGGAGUGGAUUACGCUGGUCCACUUUACCUUCGUCCCAUCCACAAACGUGCUUCGCCUGCCAAAGCAUAUCUGUGCUUAUUCGUCUGUUUUUCGACAAAAGCGGUUCACUUGGAGCUGGUCAGUGAUUUGUCCACUCAAGGCUUUCUGAAUGUAUUACGUCGUUUCAUCUCUCGGCGUGGACGUCCAAAUCAUAUUCAUUCAGACAAUGGCAAAAAUUUCGAGGGGGCAAAGAACGAAUUGACCGAGCUAUUCUACAGGUUCAGCGACCAAACACAGCAAGACAGCAUAACAUCCGCAUGCGCCGACGAAGGUAUCCUGUGGCACUUAACACCACCCAAAGCCCCACAUUUUGGGGGCCUUUGGGAGGCUGCCGUCAAGGUAGCAAAGCGACAUCUCUAUCGGCAGCUAGGAUCGACACGAUUAUCGUUCGAGGACAUGUGCACGAUUCUCACUCAAAUCGAAGCCGUGAUGAAUUCCCGUCCGCUGCUACCGAUGACCGAGGACCCAAACGAUUUGGCAGCUUUGACGCCGGCACACUUCCUGAUUGGAUCGUCGCUACAAGCCCUGCCCGGCCCAGACCUGCACACCGUACCACCGACUAGACUGGAGCACUACCAGCAGCUGCAGCAACACGUUCAACGUUUUUGGGUCCACUGGAGGAAGGACUAUCUCCAAGAGCUGUAG